GUGUCUCUUUUAAACCAUCACAACUUCAGGCUUACCAUUCUUUGACAGACACAAAUAGCAAAUAUUAAAAGGUGUGACAGAUAACACUGUCUGAUGUUGUCAAGAUCAUUUUUUUCUGAAAAAACAAGAGAAAACAAGCUCUUUUUGUAAAGCUGUACUUUUGACAAUAACGCUCACACAUAUCUAUUUACAUAAAGAUAGACAAGAGUACAUUAACACAAAGACAGCGAUUAGUGAAACUGUUGACAAUGGAUUCUCUUGAAUAGCACUGGCAUGAUUUCCAUAAACAUAUGUAACUUAAAGGUAACUCUAGCACUAGUACAAAGCCAGUUUCAUUGAGUAGUCUUAAUGUUCAGAGAAUCAUUGUGAAACAAGCCAAACAGAUUUGGGUCACAGCAUUUUGUUAUUUUUGCCCAGACUGCCCCUUAAAAUGUACUGCAUCAUCGAGGCUAAUUCUUCUUCUGUUUAUUGCGUGCAGUGUGUUUCUACUCAGUGGCAUGUGAAGAGAACAUUUUUUGUGUUUUUUUGCUUACACUGUUCUUAUCUUCCAGGUGCUGGUGAGUCAGGAAAAAGCACCAUUGUGAAACAGAUGAAGUAAGUAUUAAAAUAAGGGAUACCUGAUUUGGUUUUGUGUCAUCCACACCAUGUCAGAGACAAGCUACGGGAGUCUUUUUUUAAAUCUCAUCAGUCAGGCAUGCAGUCAAGCCUUUUAACAAAAGGUCGACAGGGCAAACAUCCGCUUGCUCUGAUUUGUCAGCACUUGUUUUGUGCGCUACACUGUGGCAGUAAGAGCUGAGUGAGGUCAGAAACACACCACAGGGGGGCGCUGUGAGCACCAGCUCCAGUGGGUUGUUUCUAUGUCGUGUUAACUUCCCUUUUUACAUGUGUGGAAAAAACUAAAACAUAUACUUUCAAGAUCCUAGUUGUUCCAUUUCAAUGGAGGUUUCCCCAAACAGCCUUUAUAUAAACAUGUCUAUAUAUCUGGGAAAUAGAAAUGACCACCCAUAAACUAAAUCACUUUUCUGUGUACAGGAUUCUGCAUCAAGGUGGUUACUCAAAAGAGGAACAACUGGAGUUCAGGGGAGUCGUCUAUGGAAACAUCCUGCAGUCUGCUCUGGCUAUCAUCAGAGGCAUGGAGAUGCUGACCAUUGAUUUUGGCUCUGCCGCUGCACAGGAGAAUGCACAGAAGCUGCAGAACUUGUCCGACUCCAUUGAAGAGGGCACAAUGCCUCCUGAGCUGAGUGAUGUCAUCCAGAAACUGUGGAAAGACACUGGUGUGCAGGCCGCCUACGAUCGCGCUGCUGAGUUCCAGCUGAACGACUCCGCUGGCUACUACCUCAAUGAAAUGGAGAGAAUCGCCAAAACAGACUACCUCCCCUCUGAGCAGGACGUUCUGCGAUCUCGAGUCAAAACCACUGGUAUCAUUGAAGAACAGUUCGCCUGCAAAGAGCUGCACUUCAGGAUGUUCGAUGUGGGUGGCCAGAGGUCAGAGAGGAAGAAGUGGAUCCAUUGUUUCGAGGGUGUGACCUGCAUCAUCUUCUGCGGAGCUCUCAGUGCAUACGACAUGGUGCUGGUAGAGGACGACGAAGUGAACCGCAUGCACGAGUCCCUCCAUCUAUUCAACAGUAUCUGCAACCACAGAUUCUUUGCACUGACCUCCAUCGUGCUUUUCCUCAACAAGAAGGAUCUCUUUGAGGAUAAGAUCAAGAAAGUCCACCUGAGCAUCUGCUUCCCAGACUAUGAUGGUUGCAACUCAUACGACGACGCCGCCAACUACAUCAAGUUGCAGUUCAUGGAACUGAACAUGAAGAAGGGAGUGAAGGAAAUCUACUCCCACUUGACCUGUGCCACAGACACAAAGAACGUGCAGAUUGUGUUCAACGCUGUGACAGACAUCAUCAUCAAAGAAAACCUUAAACAGUGCGGUCUCUUCUAAGCAGCUCCAGAGUGAAAAGAGGUGCGUGGCCACCACAUUACAACACUGCGGGGGUCUUUGUUGAGUAAUAGGGUCCAUAAGAGGCAGACCCCUGACAAUUCAAUUUGACCCUCGUAUAGCAAAUCAUAUCUGGCAGUCCUGUGUUGCCAAGCAACUACUUCUGACCAUUACAUGAGCAAACAAAAGGAAAAUUAUUUUGUGAUGAGACACAGUUCACUUUUCGAUAUAGAAACACAGUGAAGCUUUAAACCCAAAGAUUAUGUUGCUAUGGAUAUUACAAAAUGUAAACCUUUAAACAGGGUUUCUAAAGCUUAAGGCAGGUGAACACCACUUUUACGUUCAAAUUUGCAUUCAAAACAACCGGACCUUAUUGGUAGAGGCAUUUGUGGAUUAUUAGUUAAAUAAAUAGAUGUUACUAAUUGUUUUUGAGAUAUUAUAUAGAGCAACGUAAGAGAAAACAGCUCAUUAAUACCUUGUUGCCAUGUUUACGUUUUUUUUUCUUUUCUUUUAAAACCAAGAUAUUUUGAAUUCACUGCCUUUAAGAGUUUUCAAGGAUCCUAGGGGAACAUGUUUAGAAAAAAGAUGCAAGAGAUUUUACACUUGAUUUUAAGUGAUAAAAAAUUGCUUUACUUGUUUUCUCUCUGUUUUGCAGAACUUCCUUUCCUACUUUAUCCCGUCACUUAUUGGCAUUAACUGAGUUGUGUACUGCUGGAGAGCAGAGGGUCCUCAGUUGGUCGUCUUCAGGUCAUCACUCCCAGGCCAAGUCCCGCUUCUUGACUGAUCCUCGCAUAUCACCACCUCCAGCAGUACAUCCCUGAAACACAAUGCACGCCCAACUAUCGAGUCACCAUAUUGUUGUUGUUGACAAACCGCUUUCUACAAGAUCUUCUUAAGUACAGUAUUUGUCACGCACCAGAAGCUGCUGGUUUGAAGGGAUGAAGAUGAAAUAGUUGCUCAUUUGGUCGUUGCUUUCCUUUGACUACCGUGUUGUGAGUUAUAUUUACUAUUAAAACCGAGCUCUGUAAAAAUAAAUAAAACACUAAAAUCGGGGGAAAUAUUAAUAUUGUGAAUAGCAACAUUGCAACCUUGUUUUUGUUUUGAGUACAGUAGUCUCUGUGGUCUUGAUAUUUAAACUGUAAAAAAGUUGCUGAGAAAACAUCUCAGAUAUUCCCAGUGCUUGCAGUAUAUCCAGAUUACAUCCAAAUUGUACAUGUAUCUAAUCUAAAUAGUGUUAAAUGUAUUCAAUUCACUUUACAUUUCGAUGUGAUAAAUAAAUACAUUUCAGAAGGUCAAACACGGUAGAGAAACUUUGUACAUAAGAGUAGGUAAUUCCAUAUAUUUUGAAAGUGAAACACUAGAGAGAUGAUGCUUUAUUAUGAAAAGGGAUUGAAAUCUACUCAGUUUGUCCUUUCUUAUUAAAUGUAGAGGCACGAAAUAAAGAUGCAUUAACUUCA